GCUACUCUUCGAGGUCGACACGUUGAAAUACGCCACUCUCGCCACCGUGUCCCGCUGCGGCAUGGUGUGGUUCGCGGAGGACGUGGUGACGAGGGACAUGUUGGUGAAACACUAUGGGUGGAUUCUCAAACGUUACAUUUUCAACUUCUGCAUGAAUUUGUCAUGCAGAUUUGCCAUCAAUAUUUAUCUACAUGAUCACGCUGCUUUGCAUGACAAGUUCCCGACUCGCUAGAUAGCUUGAGAAUCUGCGCUAAAGCUGUAAUGCAAAAGGCGCACGCUUGCCCGUUUCACUUUUGGCAUUCUUGCAUCACGAAUUGAUGCAACAGUGGAGAAUGUAAGAACAGCUGAGAACGCCAUAAACACCACUUGGACGUUUUGGAAUUCGGCGAAGGGACGACCAUCAUGAACGGUUUAUCAAAUGCAAAUAUGUCUGAGUUUGGAAACUUGUAAUGCUGAUUUGUGAAUCGUGAAUUCUCUGUAAUAGUGCACAGCCACGCAUGAGGAAUAUUUGCUCUGCUUAGUCGUGUUGCGAAUUCAGCAUGACAAACACAAACUGCGUUUUGCAUGAUGAAAAAUAGGGUCUCUUCUAGGACACGCAUCACAAACUCUUCAGUCAUGACAGACAAGCAUGACAAACCUUGCAUGUGCUACUUCCAGAGGACCCAGACAUAUUUGCAAUGCAAACGGUUCCGGCGCUGGGCAAACCACCGGCGGACCACGGUCUCCGCAACAGCAGACCAGACAAAGCCGGCAGGACGCCCCGUCAGACGAGGCAACAGCCGCGGCGCCGCCGGAAUCCGCACUUCUAUGCAUUGCAAAAGUAUCGCACUCGUAUAAAUGCAUUACAAAUUUUCUCAGCAUGAGAAAUAAAUUUGUAAUGCGGAUUUACCUUAUGACUCAUAAGGUAAAUCCGCAUUACAAAUUUAUUUCUCAUGCUGAGAAAAUUUGUAAUGCAUGGGUCCAAUUACUACGAGUAGGAGUGCGAUACUUUUGCACAGGAUAACUUCCCCCAGGAGACCACGACAACGUCGCGAGUGUUAUUGAAAGGAAAAACUCCCCCUCCCCAUAUUGAAAAGGUGUGUUUCCGAAAAUUUGUGUUGCUGAUUUGAGGUCACAAAUCACAUUUGUCUUGCAAGAAGGCAAGUCCACAGGUUCCGCCGCAUUUUGCAGGGGGUUUGUCAUGCUGUUGGGCCUACAGCGCAGACGCUUUCCAUGCUAAACGCCUAGGCCAAAGCCUCGCUGCUCAGACUUGAUAUGGGCGCGCAGUCCUCUCCAGCAAGACAGACCUGAUUUCUGUACACAGAUCCAGCAUCAGACAUUCCGUUUUGAUAUGGGGAGGGGAAGUUUUUCCUUUCGAUAAGUGUUGUCCGGAAUUCCGUGGAAAAAUUUUCUUCGUCGAUCAUUGAAUUGCUGAAAGUGUGCACGACCAUGAAGCACGUGAUGGUCUAUACCGAUAUUCGGGUAAUCACGUCCUUUUUCGGAUUGCUCAAAAAAGCGGUGCAGGACGUAAAAGAUUUCAACGACCAGCACGAAGUCCCGUUGUCCGAAGCGGACGUGAGCACCUAUACCGAGAUGUACGUACCGUUUGCGCUUUGCUGGGCGUUCGGCGGGUCGAUGUACCUGUCGGAAAGAUUGAAGUUCUGCAACGAAGUGGCGCAUUACUGCGACCAUUUGGUCCACUUACCCCAAAGACUGGAUGACGAAUGCACACUACUGGACUACGAGGUGAGGUUAGACGAUAUCGGCAACUGGCACUUGUGGUCGGAGAAGGUCCCGGAGUUGGAUUUGAGUCCCGAGCAGUCCAUGGCGCCGGAGUUGGUCAUUCAAACCAUCGACACUUUACGGCACGUCGCGGCGGCGGGCGCUUGGAUCUGGGAGAAACGCCCGUUCAUUCUCUGUGGCCCGCCCGGUUCCGGCAAGUCCAUGACGCUGAUGUCGAUUUUGAAGAAGUCGGAUAUUUUCGAGCUCGUUUCGCUCAAUUUCUCCUCUGGAACGACAAGCAGCUUACUUCAAAUAUGCAAAGAACAAGGUGUUAGUACGGUUACGCAUCUGCUGUCAAUUCAGCAACACAAAUUUUCGAAAGCUUGCACUUGCAGUGCGGAGAUCAUAAGGGAAUAAAACACGUAUGCAACAAGGCUCCGACGCAUAUCCGGCAUGACAGAGCUUGUCUGUCUUGCUUGGCCUGCAACACAACACUUUUUCUUUGCAUAUCAAAACUCGCUAGAGCAGUAUUGCGAAACGGUGAAGACGCAGAAGGGGUUGGUGAUGCGCCCGUUGAGGCACGAUAAGUUUGUCAUCGUCAUGUGCGACGAAUGCAACCUGCCGCAGCAAGACAAGUACGGCACACAACGCGUCAUCAUGUACAUCCGGCAAAUGUUUGAGCAGGGGGGAUUUUACCGGUCGAGUGACAAGGCGUGGAUCAGCUUGGAACGGGUCCAGUUCCUCGGGGCGUGCAACCCCCCGACGGACCCGGGCAGGUGGCCGAUGAGCGAUCGCUUCUUGCGGCAUUGCCCAAUCUUACUCGUGGAUUACCCCGGGAAGGAAUCUUUAACGCACAUCUACGGGACUUUGAUGAAGGGGGUCAUGAAACUCUGCCCGCCGUGUCUGAACAUGGCCAUGCCGCUGGCACAGGCGAUGGUCGACUUCUGGGUCGAGUCCGCGAAGAAGUUCACGACGGAAAUGCAGCCACACUACUUGUACUCGCCGCGGGAACUGACCCGGUGGAAAAUCGCGGUCAUGGAGGCGAUUGUCGGCUCCGAGGACGACGCGUUAACGCCGUCCGAAAUGACGCGACUCUACAUCCACGAGGGUUUACGGAUUUUCUGCGACAGGUUAUGAACUGCAAAAGUCUCGUACUCGUAUACAUGCAUUACAAAUUUCGUCAGCAUCGCAAAUGAUAUCUGUCAUGCGGAUUUACCUCAAGAAAAACAUUUGUAAUGCAUGACUGCACUACGAGUGCGAUACUUUUGCACAGGAUACAGGUUGGUGAAUGCCGAUGAACGGGAGUGGACGAACCGCAAAAUCGAUUCUAUCGCGAGAAACCGACUAAACGCGUCUGAGGACGUAUGGAAGGGUCAGAAUCGAAAUUGACAAAAUCGAAAUGAUUUGUCAUGCAUAACAUAGAUUCCAGCUCGAACCCAGUUUCUAAGUGGCGCAUGACAAAUUCAGGUGGUGCCUGAAUACAGUUUGUAAUGCUGUCUAGGCAAAGAAGACUGAUUCUCUCAUGCUGCUUUAGUAGCUCGAGCUAUAACCCCAAACAGGCUUACAAUCGGCCUCACUUGCCUGCUCUGCAUCACACCUAUUUCGCGCCAUGCAUUUUAUGCAUCACAAAUUUUUCGAUUUUGUCAAUUUCGAUCCUGACAGUUCCAUAGGACGACUUGAAGCGGCCGAUCUACUUCAGUUGCUGGGGCGGAGAUCACUCGCCGAAAUCGGGGAAGCGAGCCCCGUAUCGGGAGGUGCACGAGGAGGAUUAUGGAUUGCAAAAAUGUCUGGGUCUGGAAGAAUGCAACUUGUGAUGCUAUUUUUGGAAUCUAAGAAAUCUGUAUUGCAUGAGCAGCAAGAGGCGUCCAGACUUUGCUCCGCGGAGAGGGCAUUUGUCAUGCGGGAUAGGCAUCAAGAUACCCGCAAAAAAUCUGUCAUGCUAGGUCAUGCAUUACAGGCAUCAUAGCCCAUGCGAAAUAUGCAUGACAAACCUGGAAAUCUUCCAGACCCAGACAUUUUUACAUUUGAUAAGGAUCUCCGGGUGUUGAUCAAGGAAAAAAUCCACAGUUUCUGCGAGGAGGAAUUUAUGGAAGCGUCAGGAUUGAAAUCGUCAAGGUUGAAAAAAUGACUUCUCAUGCAUAAACUCCAAGGCAUGAAGUGCCUCUCUUGCAGGGAUGGCAAGCGAGGCCGACAGUCAACCUGUUUGGGGUCUGCGAUACAGCUGCUAAAGUAGCAUGACAAAGGACGCCUUCUGUCCCUAAGCAGCAUGACAAACUGGAUUUAGACGGUGUCAAAAUUUGUCAUGCGCCGCUUGACAAUUGGGCUUCCAACUGGUAUCGAUUUUAUGCAUUGCAAGUUAUUUCAACUUUGUCGAUUUCAAACCUGACGCUUCCAUAGAAUUGGGUGUCCACUUAGUGGUGUUCGACGACGUCUUGGACCACGUGACGAGGAUAGACCGGGUUUUGAGACAGCCGUUAGGGCAUCUGUUACUAGUCGGCGUCGCGGGCGCGGGGAAGACGGUUCUGUCCAAGUUCGUGUCCCACAUGUAUGCAGUGCCAACUACCAUGUCUGGGUUUGGGAAAUUGCGAGAUUUCUCAUGUUAGUCUGGCAUGACUCUAAACUCUGUAUUGCGUGCCCGCGAAGAGGUCCUCUUGUCUGUCAUGCAAAAACGCGGCUGCUCAUGCGGAGUACGCAACUCUGUAAUGCUUGCCAGCGCAAAACUUGUAAUGCUUGCCAGCGCACGGAAAAACUUGUAAUGCUUGCCAGCGCAUUAGAGUGCGCUCACCAUUCGUCCCUUCCUUGCAUCACAAGUUUCCAGACCCAGACACUUUUGCAACGCAUAACAUGAACGGGCUGACGAUUUUCCAAAUCAAGUGCGGCAAGGGGUACAACGUGUUAAAUUUCGAAGACGAUUUAUGCAAGAGAAAAACUGCGUAAGUGUAAAUUUGUAUUGCAGAGGAUGCAAAAGAACACCUAUACUUGUCAUGCUGGACAUGCAUCAGAGGCUCUCUUCGAGCGUGUUUCCACGUACGAGCUACGCAUGAGAGGUUUUCUCUGUCAUGCAGAGCAAAUUCGUGAUGCUGUUCCUCCAAGAAAGUUACACUUACGCACUUUUCUUCCUGCAUACGAUUUGCGAAACGUGAUGACCCGAGCGGGGGCGCACGACGAAAAAAUCGCUUUCAUCUUCGACGAGUCCAACGCCUUGGGACCGGCGUUUCUGGAAAGGAUGAAUGCCUUGCUGGCAUCUGGGGAAGUCCCCGGGCUGUUCGAGGGCGACUACUACAAGGAUUUGAUCAACGAGUGCAAGCAAGGCACGAUGAAGGACCAAAUCCAGAUGAUGGACGAAGCGGAGAUUUUCAGCAAGUUUACGAAGUCGGUUUGCCGAAACCUCCACAUCGUUUUCACGAUGAACCCCGCGAAUCCAGAUUUCUACAACCGCGGCGCCUCGAGUCCCGCACUGUAUCUUAAGAAAAAACUGUUUCACUGUAAGGAUUUUGCAAGUUUUGCAUCACAAGUUUUCUCUACAUCACAAAGGAGGUUUGCCAUGCGAGCCACCCGAGGAAAAACACGACUGAGAAUGCAUUGUCUUGCAUGUGUAGCAAGACAAACACGUCUGCGAUACACUUUCUGCAUUACAAAAACAGAUUUUUCUUGCGAUACACUGUUCAACCGCUGUAUCAUCGACUGGUUCGGCGACUGGUCCCGGGACGCGCUGUGUCAGGUCGCGUUUGAGUUCACGGACCAGAUUGCGCGGGAACUCACUUAUCCUGAGUAAAAACGUCCCCACCCAAUCUGCUACACAAAUCCCUAAGCUUUGGCUGUCGCGCAUGACAAAUUUGGGCUCGAAGCUUAGUCGUGUUUAGCUAGUGCAGCAGCGUCACAAAUCCGGUCUGUCAUGCUGAUUCGAACAUGACAAGUCUGAAGUCACCACCUCCAGAAAACCAACGCCUCUCAUGGGUCUCCGCAUGAGAAACAUUUUAAGCAUGCAGAUUUGCAUUACAACUCUGGGGUGGGGAAGUUUUUACACAGGAUAGCACCCCCGAUUGCUUCACGAAACUGGCGAAGGACCAGAAGCAAGACCUGCAGUGGCUGCACAUCGUCUUGGCCGAGUCGAUUGUCGGGAUGCACGAGAUCAUUGAAGACACGCACGAAUCGGCGAAAAAAGCGGCGAAGAAAUACAAUUACAUCGCACCCCGGGACUUUUUGGAUUUUAUUCACCACUUCGUGAAGACCCACGAGAAGAAGUCACAGGAAAUCAAAGGUAGCAAAGCGCACAUUUCCGGGGGGCUUGAGAAAUUGGAGGAAACCGGGAAACAGGUGUUAAAUCUGAAAAAGGGCCUGGAAAUCAAGAACAAGGAGCUUCAGGCGAAGAACGCGGAAGCGGAAGAGAAGAUGAAAGAAAUGGUGAAGGGGCAGGCGGACGCGGAAGCGAAAAAGCAGGAGACAGCAAGACUUUCCGAGGCCCUGAAGGUGAAGCAGGACCAGAUUGCGAAACGGAAAAAAGCGGUGGAAACGGAACUGAGCGACGUCGAGCCGGUUUUAGCGGCGGCCAAGGAGGCGUAUCCUAUGUAAAAACGUCCCCACCCCAUAGUCAAGAUGCGGAAUCGGCUAGACAAAUCCACAAGCUUUGGCUGUUUUGCAUGACAAGUUUGGACUUGUAGCGUAGUGCUGUUUGAGCUAGCUCAGCAGCAUCACAGAUCUAGUAUAUAAUGCUGAUUGGAGCAUGACAAAUUCCAAAACACGGCUAGACAGAGUCUCUCAUGGGGCUCCGCAUGAGAAACAUUUUCAGCAUGCAGAUUUGCAUUACAACUGUGGGGCGGGGACGUUUUUCAAGACGAUAAGGCGGUCUCGAACAUCAUAUGGAAGCGUCAGGUUUGAAAUCGUCAAAGUUGAAAUAAUUUGUAAUGCAUAAAAUGCAUGACCCGCGGCGCGUGUGUUGCAGAGCAGGCAAGUGAGGCCGAUUGUAAGCCUGUUUGGGGCUACAGCUCGAGCUGCUAAAGUAGCAUGAGAAAAUCGGUCGUCUUUGCCUAAACAGCAUGACAAACUGGAUUUAGUAAGGCUGCGCAGCCCACUAGCAGCAGACCAGUUUCAAACGGAUUUUUUUUUUGCCCUAAAAUUUUACAAAAUUUCAAAAAUUCGCGUCGCGACAAGACGAUCCUGGACGAGGUCGGAGAUCAAGCAAGCACCGGGGGGACUUCGCAGUGGAUGAACGGGCGUAAUACUCCAAGCGCAUUUAUGUCGCAGUCCUGCUUGGUAGAUGCGAUCUUUUGGUGUCGAUACGUUGAGGCGCUGAUGGGGUUCCCACUGUUCGGGUGUUCAAGCGUGGCAACACAAUAUCAGUGCUCAGGAUCUACGUUUUUUGUUUUAGCGCAUGAGAAUGCGAAACAACACGACGCCCAGAUUUGCAAUGGGUGUCUUGUCGAAAUGCCGUUUCGAAAUGCCUUUUCGGAAUGCCAUUUCGGAAUGCCUUUUCGGAAUGCCUUUUCGACAUGCCCUGUCGGAAUGGGUGGUUGGAAUGCCUUUUCGGAGUCGAUUUCUUUUAGAAUUCAUUUCGAAAUGGCAUUCCGGAGGAGUAUUUCCGAGACUGAUCAUCCCCGACCUGCCGCCACAGGAGAAAAUUUUCUAGAUUACAGAGCGCGGUGCCCGCAGCGUGCGGCAUCGGCGGCGCGACUCUUGGUCUGGUUUUUGGAACCGCGUGACCUGUAGUAGAUUCCGAAGCCCCUUCGGAGGUCGCUUUUUGUUUAUUUUGGAAUCAACACGAGAUCGGCAGCCAAAGCGCUUCGCAGGUCGCUUCUUUUUUCUAUUUUAAACCGACUCCCCGGACAGGGCUCGGCGAGAGAUGUGCACGCCACAUCUUGUUCCCGGACAUGCAGCGCAAGUCCGCUGUCGCAGUUGUGCAUCCUGGACACCGCCCCAAAGCCGCCUUCUCGAACCGGCGCACAGAAAUCAAAUUUUUUUAAAAUUUUCAGGGCAAAAUGUUUUUUCGUUCGAGCCCCGGUCUGCUGCUAGUGGGCUGCGCGCCCUUAGAUUUAGGGACCGCCGAAAUUUGUCAUGCGCCAAUUGGAAACUGGGUUCCAACUGGCAUCCAUUUUAUGCAUGACAAAUUAUUUCAACUUUGUCGAUUUCAACUCUGACACAUCCAUACAUCAGCUCCUCCGCUUUGAAUGAACUGAAACAAAUAUCGCAAGAAAAAACUGUUUCACUGUGAACUUGUGAUGCAGAAAAUGGAACACAGAACUAUUUGUCUUGCUACACCUGCAAGGCAUUGGAUUUUCAGGCGUGUUUUCCCUUGGGAAGCGCGCAUGACAAAUUUUCAGAGUCAUGUGUAACAAACUUGUGAUGCAGAUCUUGCAAAAUCACCACAGUGAAACAGUUUUUUUGUGGGAUAACAGAUGGGCCAACAUAUCAUUUGUAAAAACAUCCCCACCCCAGAGUUGUGAUGCAGAUUUGCAAUGACAGGAACAUUUGUAAUGUGCAUCCCGAUGAGAGGCGUUUCUAUUCGUGUUUUGGAAUUUGUAAUGCUGUAUUAACCAGGAUAAGCAGACGGAUUUGUGAUCCACGUUUGUCCUUGCUAACCUGCACUACACUACGGGCUGCAACUUCUGAUGCGUGAGUCCCAAAACUUCUAGGUUUGUGUUGCAAAAUCCCCAGGCUGACUCUGGACGUUUUUACACGGGAUACAACACGCGCCCAUGGGGAUCCAAAUCGCGUGUCGUGGACUCGUGAUCUUGUUGAAGCACGUGGAGGGGGACGUGACUUGGGACGCGGCGCGCAAGGAAAUGAAGGACGUGCGCCUGAUCGCUAAUGUCACCGCAUUUGAUUCAAAAUCGAUCACGGACGGAUCCCGUGCGUUCGCGGAGAAGCUAACCAAAUCCUCCGACUGGGACACGCAAAAAAUUGCCCGGGCGAGCAAAGCGGCGGGACCCUUAGGUAUUUGGGUCGAGGCGCAGCUGAAGUACUCGGGCAUUUUGCAGAACAUCGGGCCGUUACUACCAAAAGGAAAAAUUCCUCCUCCCCAUAUCGAAAAGGAAAUCUGUGAUGCUGGAUUUGUGUACACAAAUCAGAUUUGUCUUGCAGUGGAGCACUGUGCGCAGAUCGCAAGCCUAGGUAGGGGCCCUUUAUUGCUGUAGGCGCCUAGCAUGGUACACGGCUGCCCUGUAGUCCUUACAGCAUUACAAUUCGUCGGCAGAACGUGGCGGACCGCGUGCACUUGGCUCCCUGCAAGACGGGCGCGCUUUGUGGUCACAGAUCCGCAUCACAAACUUUCAGUGGGAUGCGCUUUCAAUAUGGGGAGGCGCAGGUGGGGUUUUUCCUUGCAAUAAUUACGAAAGGAGCUAGCGGAUUUGGAGCUGGAAGCGGAGCAGUCGCAGAAAAACAUCGACGAAAAUCAGAAGGUUGUGGAGUCGCUGGAGCAAAAACUGAACGCGUAUAAGCAGGAAUACGCGCAACUAGUCGCGGCAGUCGAGAAACUGAAACAGCAGAUGGAAUCCGUCGUGCAGAACGCCAGUCGGGCGGAAAAAUUGAUCACCGAUUUAUCUGGGGAGAAGCAGCGGUGGUCCGAGUCCACCGCGGAAUUCGACCAACAAUUGCUAAAUCUGCACGGAGACACCUUACUUUCAGGCGGUUUCCUCGCGUACAUCGGAUUUUUCGACAUGUACGCGAGGAACUUGGUGCUGAAAAAGUGGGAAAGUUUCUUAGCGGAGGAGCGGGGCAUAAAAUUCUCCAAAUCUUUGUCGAUCACGGACUAUCUGGCCACCACCGCAGACCGCUUCAACUGGGUGUCGAAUGGGCUACCCGAUGAUGAGCUCUGUGUGGAAAACGCGGUGAUAAUUUACAAUUAUCAAAGGUACCCGCUGAUCUUAGACCCAAGUGGCCAAGCCCUGCAGUGGCUGAAACAGGAGUACAGCAAAAAGGACAUCCACGUAACCAGCUUCUUGGAUCCGAAGUUCUACAAGAUUCUGGAAUCGGGCGUGCGGUUCGGGACGCCGAUCUUGUUGACCGACGUGGAGAAACUUGAUCCGGUUUUGAACGGAAUUUUGAACAAGGAAACGCACAAGAAGGGGGGGAGAACCAUGAUCACCAUGGGGGACCAGGAGGUGGAUUUCUCGCCCAGUUUUGAGAUUUUCUUGUCGACACGGGACGCGGGCGCGGUGUUUACCCCGGAUUUGUGCUCGAGGGUGUCCUAUUCUGAGUAAAAACAUCCCCACCCCAGAGUUCUUGUCAUGCAAAUCUGCAUGCCAAAAAAGUGUCUCAUGCGAAGCCACAUGAAAAGUUUUUUCUAGUCGUGGUUUGGGAUUUGUGAUGCUAGAAAUAGCAUGAUAUGCUAGAUCUGUGAUGCUUCUGAACUAGCCAAACAGGAUUACACUACGAGGACAGAGGACUUGUCAUGCGAAACAACCAAAGCUGCCUGAUUUGUCUAGCAGAUUUUCCAUCUUGGCACUGGUACUAUGGGGACGCUUUUACUCAGGAUAUGUCCUUCUGCAACUUCACGAUCACACCAGCCAGCUUACAAUCGCAAACGCUAAACAUGGUGCUCCGGCAAGAACGGCCCGACGUGGACCAGCAGCGGCACGAGGCGCUGGUGCUCCAGGGAGAAUUCAAAGUGAAGAUGCGCGCGAUGGAAGACGGGCUGUUAGCCGCCCUAGCGAACGUGGAGGGGUCGAUUUUGGAAGAUCAAAAUGUGAUCACCACGAUGGAGAAGAUAAAAGCAGAGUCGGCCGAGCUGAAGGAACAGUUCACGAAGAUUGACGAAACGAUGGAGAAGGUGAGCAGAACUUCAGCUGAGUACACCAGUUUAGCGAUUGCCGCAACAAGAGCCUACUUUUCUCUCGAAUCUCUAGGCAGUAUCAACUUCCUGUACCAAUACUCACUGGACUUCUUUUUCGAGAUUUUCCGGGUCAGCAUCACGGACCCUGCGAUCGCGAAACUCGGCAAGGACUUUCAGAGAAGGCGGAAUUUCAUCGAAAACUUGUUUUUUCGCACCCUCUACACUUACAUCUGUCCCGGAAUGUUGGCGGGAGAUAGACUGGCCUUAGCGCUGCGGUUGGGGCAGGUACUGAAGUACAUAAUCAAAUAGUUGCAUCUGAGUUGUAAAGUUACCCAAUAAUUCUUCGAGUAUUUAUUAUUCACAUUUUCGGUGCAAUUUUUGCGGGCGUAGUACUAAAGCCUAAAAAAACUCUGUUGCCCGAGCCUCUUUCUCGUCUUUUGCCCGAAUCAUUGUGUUUAGCACAGCUAUUCUGGCGUAGGGACCUUUUCCUUUCCCGUAUCUUCUUAAUCGCGCGGAUAGCAUAACUGGAAAUGCACCCGGCCGAACUCUCCAGAGGUUCUGAGGCGAAAGUCUACCUCCGGGAUCGAUCCAUCACGGGGCUGGUGCGCCAGCUGGGAUAACGUUGAGUACUAAGGGUGCCUUCGGGAAGUAGCCCCGCCUGGCACCAAAGGGGCUUGGGAACCUCAGGGAGUAGGUGGAAACUCACCAACCUAGCGGAAGGCAACCGCUCUCGACCUAGGCGAGCGGCUGGGGGACACAGGUUCGAAUCCUGUAACGCGCAACUAUUUUUUGCAUCCGUUUUUUGUCUGGCGCCGCGCGCAUGACUGAGAGAAUCAUUGCAGUCGUCGGCACACCGGCUGCACUUGCCCAGAGGCAGGGCCAGUGAUGUAAAGAGCGUGAAAAAACGCGGCUGUGUGCGAAACACGGCUGCGGCGCACCAGGGAAGCGCACCCUUGACCAGAAAAUGCGCUCCCAGCCUCGGGAAGACACCGCUGCCAUCAAACUCUGCCUGCUAGUAAGGAGGUUCCCGAGUGAGUCACUGAAACAGCAGACGGCAGGCCCGUGGUCCGCCAACGGUCGAAUCCUGGGAACAACACCCGCACCCCCGCAAAGGGACUUUUGUAUAGCGUACAGUGGAGCUCCUGGUGAAAGUAGAAUUAGUGGCGACCGGACGAGACGCGCAUGAAAAUAAAACAGCGCAAUGCUGCUUCCGGCUCUCGCAUGACAAAGUUCCGGCAUAAGAUUAGAACACAAAAUCAGGUCCGCGCGGACAUGGACGGUCUUGAGCUCGAGAAGCAUAUGGCGUUCUCAAAUGUUACAUUCUCAACUGUUACAUGAUUUGCAAUGCAAAAUCACAAUGAGAAUCGACACGAUCAAGCUGCUUCGCAUGACAAAUUCUCGAAGAGCCAAACAGGCUGAGAAUCUUUGCCAGAUCUGUCAUGCAAGACGCGCAAGGUGACCCCUUUCACUUUCGCCAUUCUUGCAUCACAAAUCCAUGUAGCAGUUGAGAAUGUAACAGUUGAGAACGCCAUAAAGCAGGCGGUGAACUUGCUCAUGAAGGGCGGUUUGAUCACCAACCUCCCCAAAGACGCAGAGCGGGCGCGGCGGAAGGCCAUGGGCAGCAUCAACUACCUGAGUAACGCACAGUUGAAAGCCAUGGAGAGCUUGUUUCUCUUGCCCGGCUUCUACGGCCUGCCCGACCACAUGAUCAGUAACGCGAGCGCGUGGCAGCAAUUUCUCCAGUCCUCCGGCGAUACCAACAGCGCAGCUCCGGGUGGGCAGCAAAUAAACCCGCCGUCCGGCUGGUUUUCGCCGCCGCAAGGGACGAUGAAUUCUUCGCAGGAUUCGGCGGACUUGAACGAGAAGCUGUACAACUGCUUGCUCGUGAAAGCUAUCAAAUGCAAAAGUGUCUGGGUCUGGAACAAGAAUGCAACUUGUCAUGCUAAAUCUGAAUCAUGCAAAAAUCUGUGUUGCAUGAUUACCAAAAGCUCCUGUCCACUUUUGACCUAAUCGAAAGGCAGUUUCUCAUGGAGGAUAGGCAUGAUAGAACUCUCACCAAAUCUGUCAUGCUAUGUCCUACAUACCAGACCGCAUGGGUCAUGGAAAACCUGCAUGACAAGUCUGGCACUCUUCCAGACCCAGACACUUUUGCAUUUGAUAAAAGCACUGGCAAACGACAGACUCCCGGCCAUGUUGACGAAUCUGACGAACGACAUCAUGGGCAAGGAGUUCCUCUUCAUCCCACCGUUCGAUUUGGAGAAGCAGAUGGAACUUUAUCCAAAAAAAACACCUAUCCGCAUCUUCCAAUUUGUCAUGCAAGACAUGCAUCAAGGAAGUCCACUCCCACUGUUUGUCAUACAAAAAAUAGAUCAUGGGGAUCGAUGGUGGAUUUUUUUCUCAGGAUAAACUCCAGCAGAAGGGUGGAACAAAUCGUCCGAUGAUGAUGGUUUCGCAGCCCGGCUUCGAUCCGAGCUCGCAGAUCGUGAACUUGGCGACCUUGAAAAAAACCAAAAUCGUCUCGAUGGCCAUGGGGAGUCGCGAGGGGUUUGACCUGGCGGACAAAAUGAUAGCGACGGGCGCGAAGAUGGGGCAGUGGGUGAUCUUGAAAAAUGUGCAUUUGGCCAUCGACUGGCUGAAGAAUCUGGAGAAGCGGAUCGGCACAAUAGCGGCGUCCGCGAACGAGAAUUACCGGCUGUUCCUUUGCAUGGAAUUUAAUCCGAAGCUUCCAGCGAACUUGAUGCGGCAAUCGAGGGUCUACGUGUUUGAGCCCCCCGCUGGGCUGAAGGCAUCUUUGCAACGAUCCUUCGCGGGACCACUCGUCUCUGCGAAUUGCGACAAUCCCCCGGUGGAGCGGUGUAGAUUGCAUUUCAACUUGGCGAUACUGCACGCGAUCGUGCUGGAAAGAGUCCGAUACUCCCCCAUCGGGUGGACAAAACGAUACGAGUUUUCCGAUGCGGACUUCACCUGCGGUCUGACGAUUGUGGACACCUGGAUCAAGAGAGCGUGCGGCGGCUCCAGUACUACAGCUUCUUUUCCGACCAACUUGGACCCGAAUUCGAUCCCCUGGGCGGCGCUGCAGCACAUUAUAGUGCAGGUGGUUUACGGGGGUAGAAUAGAUAACGACUUCGACAAGGAACUUCUGAAAACUUUCGUGGAGCAACUGUUCAACGCCGACGUCUAUCGCAGAGGGUCACUUUUAAACCGGGACGAGAAAGUCCCCUUGAAAUCCCCGGAAAACGCGCGGAAACUCAACGACUACGAAAAGUGGGUCGAAAUGUUGGAUGCGAAAGGGUCGCCGGCCUGGCUGGGGCUGUCCGCGCAGGCUGAGAAGAUGCUGCGAAGCCUAGCGGGCAUGAACACUUUGUCCAAUUGGUUGAAUUUGCAAUCUGUGGAGGACAGCAGCAGUACUGCGGCGCAGGAUGAUUUGGAUAAGAAGGAGGAUAUGACAGCGAAUAAAUCGGCGGCGGGUCAAGACCGGAAAAAAGUCUCCGGUAUGAGCAACUGGCUGACAGAUCUGACCACGAAACUGGACUCCAUCUCCUCCGGCCUGCCCCAGCCGGACGCGCUGGAGCACAUAAACACAGCCGCUUUCGACGAAUCGGACCCGAUGUGGCGGUGCUUCCACCGGGAGAUCGCGGUGGCCCAGCAGCUGCUUGCGAGAAUACAUGCGGACUUAUCGUCCCUGAAAGAAGUGUGCGACGGAAACGCGCGCAUGACGAACGAGUUGCGGGCGAUCGCGCUGCAACUAAACUUGGAUUUAUGGAAGCGUCCGGUUUGAAAUCGUCAAAGUUGAAAAAUUUGUGAUGCAUAAAAUCGAUACCAGUUGUUAGAAGCCCAAUUUCUAAGCGGUGCAUGACAAAUUUCGGCACCGUCAAAAUCCAGUUUGUCAUGCUGUUUAGCGAAAGAGGGCAUCCUUUGUCAUGCCACUUUAGCAGCUCUAUCCCAACCUCGAAACAGGCUCACAAUCGGCCUCACUUGCAAUCCCUGCAAGACAGCCUUUUCGUGCCUUGCAUUUUGUGCAUCACAGAUUAUUUCAACUUUAUUGAUUUCAAUCCUGACACUUCCAUAGGAUUUACCACCGGAUUACUGGCUGAAGGCGUACCCGAUCGUCCAGACACUGAGCAGCAUUGAGUGGGUGUUCGAUUUCAAUCAUAGGUACAGAUAAUAUCAAGCACGGCUUUUCCUUUUCCCGUGCUACUGUGUAGGGUCUCGUUUAUUUCUUUGCAUGGAAAACUUUGUACGUAGGUACGAUUCACUUUCACAUCGCGACUUCGCAUGACAAACUGAAAUCACAGGGUCCAGCAGCUUGUGAAGCUGACGACGGGUAACAAUGGAUCCUUCAUCAACAUCUCCCUCGCGGUCGGCCUUCUCAUGUUCCCGGAGGCGUUUCUGACCGCAACGCGGCAUAUGGAUUGCAAAUAUGUCUGGGUCUGGAAGUUUGUCAUGCGCAUUUUGCAUCGCCGGCGAUGUCUGUGAUGCAUGCCCUAGCAUCACAGAUAUUGCGACGGCUUUCUGAUGCCCAUGCUGCAUGAGAAAUGCGAUGCCCCCUCCGCAUAGGAGGAAUGCGAAACUUUUGCUCUUCCUGCAAUACAGAUUUUUUCGGAAUCCAAAUGCAGCAUCACAAGUUGUAUUCUUCCAGACCCAGACAUAUUUGCAAUGCAUACGGCAGGCCGUGGCGCAGAAGAACAAGUGGAGCCUAGAGGAGCUCAAGCCGGUAUAAAAGCCUCAGGUUGGAAAUCCUCAAAGUGGAAAUAGUUUGUAAUGCAGAAAAGCACUCCAGUCGAAGCGCCACUUCUAGGCUGCGCAUGAAAAAUUUCCCGGGCACUCAAAGCAUGUCUGUCAUGCUGGUUAACGCAAAGGGGUGCCCUUCUCUCGUGCUAAUCAGCACUCCAAUUCUUAACCCGUAGAAGGACAAUAGUCGGCCUCCAUUGCGUCCUGUGCAAUACAUUCUAUUUUGCGUCGCAUUUCAUGCAUCACAAAUUAUUUACACGCUGAGGAUUUCCAUUCUGAGGCUUUCAUAGCCGGUUGUUAAAAUCUUCACGGAUUCCGAGCAAAGCUUCACCGCUUCCAAUAUGACAGUGCACAACUCCCCCUGCCCCUCACUUGUAUGGCAUGAACAGCAAUACAAACACCAGCACAGAUGGAGCCUGUGCAUGACAAAUUUGUGUUCCUAAUGUAGUACUAUUUGUUCUACUUCCGGAAUUAUUUGUCAUGCAAACAGUGCCACAAGGCAGCGCCUGGAUUUGGGAUUUUGCAUGACAAAUGAGGGGGAGGGGGAGUUGUGCCCUGUCAUAUCCAAACCCUCCAGUGCCGACACCGGCUGGCUUCUCACUGGUUGCACGUUGGAGGGCGCCACGGUCAACAAGCGGGCAAAGUGCUUGGAAAUCUGCGACGAGCUGUCCUGCGAAAUGCCGCCGUUACUGCUGAAGUGGGUCCUGCAGAGUGAGCAGACGAAAGGGGCUGCAUUGGGAAGUGGCGUAGCUCUUCAACAAGCGGGGUUCUGGCAGGUGCCUGUAUACCUCAACAGCACGCGCACGCAGUUGGUGACAAGCUCGUUUAAGCUGAAGGGCCUCGGAGAAGAGGCGGUCUGGAGGCAGCGGGGGACGGCGAUCAUCUUCUGGACAAAGUAGAAGCUGCGCCUUUGCGAGGAUUUAAUUUUUUUUCAAUCACAUAUUUGGCGUCUGUACUUUUUUUUGGUAUUCGUAAAAUUGAAAUCUUGUUCAUCAGUAAGUACUAGCUCAACUUGUAUUUUUUUGGAACAGAGUGGUGCCCCCCUUCUUCGAGUAGCCCCUAUGUUUUCACACUGGGAAAGCGAAUAAGUAGUUUUUUUUUCAAAAAUGUAGAGCUAGAUAUUUUUUAGAUUUCUAGUAUAUGCAUAUUCAUUUGAUUAAAUGACAAAAGAGCGCUAGAACCACACGAGAGAAGAGACGAUCUUCAAAAGGAUUCCGCGUAUCCACCUAAAACAAACAAACAAACAAUGAAUAGCGAUAGGUAGCAUUGUUCCUUUCAAUUUGAUGACAAGCGACUUAUCAAUCACAACCGAAUUUUCUUUUGCUUCAAGACAAAAAUGAAUCACAAAUCAUAAUUGAAAUUGCUUCACUAAGUAGCGCUAGAAUCGUGAGAAGAAGACAAAACCUUCAACCGGAUGCCACAAGUCCAAUGAUACAAACAAACAAGCAAUAAGUAAUUCUUCACCGAGUUUGUUUAAAUUUUGGUUUAGCUAGGGUACGUCAUUCUCUGUGCUCUGUUACUUUUUUCUUUUCCUGGGAACAAGAGAAUGCAUGUUCAUGUGAUACCAGGAAGUAGUUGUGCGAAUAACUAAGAAUCUAACCGCUCUCGCCAGCAAAGUCUGGGCUCUAUGUACCAUUUUUUCUGUCCUUGUUGCAUCAAAGUCUGGCGUCUUUCGAAGCAAAGACCACGAGAUGAAAUGAUGCAAUUCAUUAGCGGACGAGAAUGAUUCAUCUGACAGUUACCAACUGCUCUGGUGUUGGUUUGUUUCCGUCGUGCCCAGUUGCUUUUUUGGCGCACGCCCGAGUCAUGAGCUCGAAGCGAGACUGAGACCUGUGCGUUCGUCCGACUUCGCUCGUCCUACCGGACUAGAAGUACGAAGAUGAGAUAACGGCUUUAAAAAUGUGGUUUGGAACACUUUCAGAUCGCGCCAAGCUUCAGAUCGCACCAAGAUGUAAUAGAGCUUAA